AUGACUUUACUAGCCAUCUUAGCUGCAGUCUCAACUGUUUACUGCGCUGGAUUGUUAUUCUGGCAGAUUCUCAGACAUAGCCUACUACGAAAGCAGACAUGUGUACUGGACCUCCAACACCUAGGAUCAUCCAGAAACGGAGACCAGAAGAUCCAUGGCACAGCGGUCAUCUGUGGCGGCAGUCUUGCCGGUCUGUUCACAGCCAGGAUAUGCCACGAUCACUUCGACGAGGUCGUUAUCGUAGAACCAGAAGCGUGGGCGGACGAUUCAGAUGCUAAGCGUCAGGAUGCAUGGAACCAAGCGAAGCCUCGUUCUCGUGUCAUGCAGUACAAGUCCUUACAAGGUCCCAUUCAACCAUUUGCCUUCAUGGCUUUAUGUAACCUUUUCCCCGGCCUUGCAAAGGAAUGCGAAGUUUCGGAUGUAACCGUUGGAUCUUCUGAUUUCCGGAGUUCGACGUGGGGAAGAUGGCAAAAGAAGCCGUGUAACCAGUAUACUGGGACGCUCCCCGACACGAUGACUGCCGGUCGCCCUGGGUUGGAGACUCUUAUGCGUCGUCUGGUCCUCGGGAGUCGUUAUAAGAACAUUCAACAAAUGAUUGGUACCGUAGCUGGUAUCUCUCGCGAUGCUUCCAGCCCUGGGCGUCUCGACCGUGUGACGAUCCGAACUGUGGGAGGCACCCAGGAAAUCAAAGCGUCAAUGGUCGUAGAUUGCACCGGUCCAGCGUCUGCAGGCUUAAAAUGGUUGAAGCGUGAAGGAUACGGUCGGUCAGAUAUGUAUCCUCGCGGUAAAGUUCCACUAGAAAAAAUCAAAGUCGCAUACGACCAGAAGAUCACCUAUUCGACUUCCAGUUUUCAUGUCCCACUUGAACUCGGUAAUAGGCUCCCUGGCCUUCCUGCAUCAUACGAAAAAUGUGGUGUCAUCUAUAUCUGCGUCACUGAUCCAACUUUAGACUGUCGUGGGAUGCAUAUUCAGCGCUCCGAAGGAAAUUUUAGAAAGCCUCUUCCCCCGUAUCUUCCUCGAACUCUCGAAGAGAUCAAAAGGUAUGCGCAAACAAUGGUCACUUGGGAACCUAUACCCCCAUCAGUAUUCGAGCUGCUCGAUAUGCUGGAGGAAGUCGAAGACACCAUGACUUGUAGUCAUCUUCCUUUUUCUGGGGCGAGCUAUAUAAGAUAUGACAAAGCUGUUAACCUCCCCACAAAUUGGAUAGCUAUCGGAGACAGUGUCAUGAAAGUCAAUCCACUUUUCGGGCAAGGAGUCGCAAAGGCGCUCUUGGGUGCGAUUUGCCUCAAUACGCUUCUACAGAAAUGUGCCGCGACCGGUGCCAUCCCGAAAGACUUUUCAACUAAAUUCUUUGAGAUGCAGAAGAACAAGAUUUCGCAUCUCUGUCCAGAUUAUGGGUACCAUACCACUGUUCCUAUACCCGGGGAGACAUUAUCUGAUGGCUGGCUUUUGCGAUGGUAUACGAGACAACUUAUCAUCCUUUCGUUCGAUGACUUGCGAGCAGGAUCUGCAUUGUGGCACAUCAAUAUGAUGCUUGCGCCACCAAUCGACGCUAUGGAACCGGGACUUGUCUUGAAGGUUGUCUGGCAUGCCUUCAAGAGGUUCGCAGUAAAGUUCUUAUCAUAA